AUGCCUGUGCCAACAAGUACUUUAAUUAAUUCUGACUCUGAGUUAUCAACUGAUGACCGUAUGGAGCAGCAAAGAAGAAUCUGGGAGCAAAGACAUGCAGAAGAACAAGAAAGACGCAGACGCGCCGAACAACAAAGAAUUGGUUCCCCUUUUAAACAUCCAUGGUGGCAGCCCUUUGGAGUAAUAGGACCGGCCCCUAGAUGCUUGAACGAAUAUUUAACUAUGGAAAUUUCAAACUCUAUAAGAUCCAAACCUAAUUGGGAAUCUAAAUACAAGAAUGAGGAGAUUUGUCAGAAAUGGAUCAAAGAAAUUAAAGAUCAAUGUAAAGACAAAACUAAUUCUAUCGAUCAAAUCAUUGAAUUCGUCUUUAAGGAAUUAGAGUGGUAUGAAAGGGUCGAGAGGGAAUUGGGAGCUUUCAAAGUUGGGUGUGAUGAUAAGAUUUUAUAUUCAGAUGCCGCUAUUUCUGAAUCCUUGAAGAACGACUUUAAAUCUGGUGUGGAUAAAUUGGUGGCUUCAUUUAAUGGUAAUUUUGAUUACCACCCGGGUUCUGAUCAAGCAGUUGUUGAUUUAGUCCAUCCAUCUUUGUUUGUUGUUCAGUAUGAUAAAACACCUGUCAUCAGAAAUGGAGUGCUUGAGGUUGUCAAGUAUCACGAAGAAAUUCAAAAUGUAAAACCCGAUGUUGAUUGUUAUGGUAUUUCAGAGAAAUUUCAGUGGUUGCCUGCAUUAAUGGCAAAAAACUCCUCGGGAAAAUUUGAAUUCGAAUCAUAUAUUAAUAACUUGCACCCAGUUGAGCACAAGGACUUGUAUGAUUCAAUUGAUGCUAUUUUCAAUGCUGCUAUCCCUGGAUUAAACUGUACGUUGACAAGAUAUGCAUCGAAAGAACAUAUACGUAUUCCAAUUCCAAUAGGUAAUGAUGCCUAUACAGAAGAAUAUAUUAGAGCACACGAAGAGUUAGACCUCGAAUUAGAACGUGAAGCUGAAGAAACUGGAGUUGAUUAUGAUUGGGAGAGAAUGGAAGAGUUUGAGGAAACUAAAGCACAAUUCUUACGUGAAAUCAUCCCUAAAUGGGAAGGUGAUCCUGAAUUUGAUAAGCCAAUUAACCUUUCUAACUUUGAUAAUUUGAAGGUGAUUGUCAAGUUGGCUGAUAUUGAACUUACCCCAGAACGCCCUUCUUAUCCAGGUGGAUCUUGGCACGUCGAAGGUGCCAUCAAUGAAGAUAUUGUUGCUACUGUUUUGUACUAUUAUGAUAUUGAAAACAUUUCUGAAUCUAAGCUUUCUUUUAGAACUGGGUUUGAAGACCCUCAAUAUGAACAAGGUGACAAUGUUUACACUGAAGUUAUUUUUGGUCUUCAUGACGAAGAUAUAAUGGUUAAAGAUAUUGGCAAUAUUGAAGCUAAAGAAGAUAGAAUUGUUAUUUUCCCAAACAUGUUCCAACAUCAUGUUGAUCCAUUUGAACUAACCGACAAAACCAAGCCUGGUCGUAGAAGAAUAUUGUGUUUCUUCAUAGUGGAUCCAUAUAAUGAUAAGGUUCUUAGUUCUAAACAGGUGCCACCACAGAAUAAUGAAUGGUGGAACGAUGCUACAUUAGAUUACUUAUUUCCUAACAAUUUGAAAGAACGAAUCUUAGACUUGAAGAACGGUGAAACUUGGCCAAUGACUUUUGAACAUGCUGCUAUCGUUAGAGAAGCCUUGAUGGAAGAAAGAUCAGCACGUGAGUCUCUUGAUGAUGGAUACAACGAGUCUGCCUUUAUGAGAACAUUUUCGUUAUGUGAGCACUAG